AUGGCAACCUUGGAUAACGCGAAUCCAACUAUCCUGAGUGCGUCUCAGCUGCCUACCCGGCAGAAGAAGGCUGAGCCGCGUCGGGGUCCGGACUCCAAAUACGACGAUAUCAUCUUUGCGAAGCCAUCAUAUCUCUCAGGGCCUUUCGGUCAAGGUCCGGCAGCAUGGCCUCGAAUGAACGACUGGCAGGAUGGAUUCUCAUCCGAAGCUAUUGACGAACAAGAAAUUUAUGAUCUGAUCUCAACCAUCUCGGAUCCAGAGCACCCGGUAUCACUCGGCCAAUUGUCAGUGAUUAACCUUUCUGAUAUUCACAUCACUCCCUCUCCUUCUAUGGGCGUUCCUGACCCCAAUACCAUCGUCCAGGUGGUUGUGGAGAUCACGCCUACCAUCACCCACUGCUCGCUAGCCACCGUUAUCGGGCUGGGAGUUCGAGUGAGACUGGAGCAGGCACUGCCGCCCAACUACCGUGUGGAUGUUACCUGCAAAGAGAACAGCCACAAUCAGGAUGAUCAAGUCAACAAGCAAUUAGCCGAUAAGGAACGAGUUGCUGCAGCUUUAGAGAACGACACUCUGAAGGGAGUACUGGACAAGAUGUUGGAAACCUGCGCUUAG